UUUGAUGAAACAUCACAAGUUUUCGCAAAUACGUUACCAACAGGAAGCGGUUCAAGUCUUCAAGAGUUAUUCGUUAAUGCAACAAACAAAGCCAUUGAAACAGGAACUCUAAAAUUAUCAAUUGGACUUCACGAUGACACUGUGGUAACAGCAUCACUAAGCGCACCAAGCAACUACGACUGUACGGUGCGAUCUGCAGUACCAGCGGACGUACGUUCACGAUUAGGACUCAGCACGUAUUAUACGCAAUAUGCCCAUGCCUACGGUAUACCGGUACUUAGCUCAAGCCGCGUAAAGCCAAAAGCCCUGGGAGCUUGUUACGUGAUGAGGUUUCUGUUUGCCGAUCGCAAGGAUAUUCGAGACUGGUUCUACAGACGAAAGGGCAGAGCGGGAAUCAUGGCAAGAUCAGAAGGCACAACGAUGAUUCCCGAACACAGUUUCUUGCCAUCGUGGUGGAACGAAAGAGCACGUGGCCUGGGCGCUACUAUUCCCAUUCCCAUUUCCACGGGGGGUGAAGAGAAUCUUUUAUGUGAACGACCAGAUCGCUACUAUAACGAAGACAUCUUUCUUCACGAGUUUGUUCACGGUAUUCAUAACUUGGGUGCAACUGGAGCUAUUCCGACUUUUGAUCGUCGUUUGAAAGCUGCCUACGAGAGUGCUCGUUCCAACAGACUGUGGUGGAGAACGUACGCAUUAAGUACGGACCGUGAAUAUUUUGCUGAAGGUACGCAGAGUUUUUUCAACGUCAACGCAUAUUCAGCUAAACCCAAUGGAAUUCAUAAUGACAUUAAUACUCGCAAGAAACUUCAAACAUAUGAUCCCGCUCUUUAUGACUUGAUCAAAGAAGUUUUCCCAUGUGAAGAUGAAUUCUUGAAACGUUGUGAUGCAAGAAAAGGGAAACUGCCGCAACCUUUCAAAAUGGAUUGCAAAGAUGGAGGAACUGUUGUCACAUUAAAACCUGAAACUCCACCAGUUCCCCCUCAUUCAACAACUAGUACUCCAUCUAUUUCUUAACCCACCAAUCCAGACACACCGCCCACUCCUACUUCUUCAAAAUCAGACACUCCACCAGUUCCCACUCCUCCCAAAACGCCCAGUAUUCCAUCUGUCUCUAAACCCACUAAUCCGGACACACCACCCGUUCCUACUCCAUCAGUUUCAAAAUCUAGUACUUCGCAUGUAACCACUCCUCCAGUAACUACAACUCCAAAAAGAACUCCUCGGCCAACAUCUAUUAAACAGUGUAACAAUCAUCACAAACAUUGCAAUGAUUGGGCAAAAACUGGUGAAUGUCAACGUAAUCCUGCUUAUAUGUUGCUAUUUUGCUGUCGAUCAUGUAGGAUCUACAAAUACACUACCACACCUCGUGUGACGUGUAGGGACAACCAUAAAAAUUGCCGAUUCUGGGCUUAUAGAGGACAUUGUCGAUCUUCAUAUUACUAUAUGACAAAAAACUGCAGAAACAAAUGUGGAUUAUGUCGAUGACUAUUUUUUGAUUUUGUUGGGUUUUUUAUUUUAUAUAGCUAGCACUGAGUUAUUGUUUUGAUGUACGUUUUUUUCUUGUAAGUAAAAAAUUGAAAUGUA